AUGUCUCAAGAAAUAAAGUAUCGUCCAGCAGUUCAUUCUUCUGUGGAUUUCGCUCGUUCUGGUUGCAGAAAUUUCUUUAGUUCAGAUGGAGGAUGUGAUUUGUGUACUACAGAAUAUUUAUCCAAGAAUUUAAGCUUGGACUAUUGGAAAUUAAAUCAUAGAGUCGUCAUGAAAGAAAUCAAUGAUUCUAGAUACGAUACUGAAUUUUUGAAAGUGACUAUUAAUGAUUAUGACAAUGAAAAUAUUGCUAUUUAUUAUGGAAUUUCAAUAAUCCUUCUAUACAAAACUAUCUUUUUGUUAUGGAUUUUAUUUGAUGAAGAAUUGCACUUGAUGUAUCGAUACUGGAGUGAUGAUCCUUAUGAACGUCCAACUUGUAAGUUACAUCCACAAUCAUGUCAUAUUAGUCGAGAUAUUCAUACUCUUCAUGGAUUGCAUGAUUUAUUGGAAGAAAUAAAAACGGAAAUUAUUCAAGUAUAUUCUUAG